CUCACACGCCAAGCAUUAUGGUAAACAUAGUUUUUAUUUAUUUCGAUGAUCCACCGCAAACUGUCACAAGUAGUUACCCCGGUAGUCAAAUCCCAGCAUUUCGAUUAAUAAUUCUGUGAGCGUCUUUCUGCAGGCAAGAUGGGCCGUGGUUACAUCGUAGACGACGCAGUGGAGGUAUAUCUGUCCAAACUAUGUGCUCAACAAUCGGAUAAUGUCACUGGCCUAGUCAUUGGGCAGAACUCAAUUCAGAGGGAUUUUGUUGUCAUGGCAUGUCAAACACCCCCAAAAGAUGAACCUCUUGUUGAUGCAGGAAAGUCUCUAGACAAGGAAUGGAUCAGUGAACAUGCUCGACAGGUUUCCAGAAUGUUGCCAGGGGGCUUGUCUGUGUUAGGAGUGUUUAUCAUUACUGAUGCCGAUGCAAAAGAAACACUAGCCACACUUCGUCAGCUGGUGUUUGCAGUUCAGCGUCUGAUAUCAUCUGAAAUACUGUGGAAAGCUGCUGAUGAUGAAGUCACAGACUGCGUCACACUGCACGUCAGCCCCAAGUCUCGAAAAAUUAGCUGCAGAACAUUUGAUAUAAAAGAUCCCAAGAGUUUGGCCAAGCCUGCUGAUUGGAAAUAUCAGUCAGGCGUAUAUUCAUCCUGGUCCACAAUGAGUUGUUGUGUAAAUGUGGACUUAUGUGUUCCGCUACCGGAAAACGCAACCUGUUCAAAGAGCAUAGAUAAGUGUCUUAAGGAGGGACUGAAUGUCUGGAUGAACCAGAUCGAAAAUGCAGUCUGUUUGAUUGAUGGCGUACAGCUGCCUGAAGAUGCAGAACUUACAACAGGACAGAAGAGGAAUGUGAGACACACGCUCACUGCUCAGCUGCUCGUCACUCCGAACCAACAGGACAGUUCAAGAGAUGCGGUCCAACAGUGUGGUGGCUGCUUGUCAAUCAGCGGAGCCAUCCAUAGUCGAGCUUACAUACACAACAAUAAACCAAAAGCCAAACUGGCUGAGAAGAUGCUGAAGAGAGAUGUGGUUUCUACCAUGGUCACGAGAGUUCAGAUGCAGCUUGAUGAGUUUGUGGCGACAGAAAAUGAGAGCAAAGGAAUCAGCGGAGACAAACAAGGGACAGAGCAAUUCUGCCUCCCUCAUCGUGUCUUUUGUCCUGCAAAAGUUAGUGGGACUCUAUGCGUGUCUGACUACAAGUUCAACGACGAGGACCCGUCUGAGGUCAUUGACAGGUUGAAAGAAAUGUUGGACAUCGAAACAACUGAUCAAAACUUGGAUUCCAAGCAGGAAAUUGCUGCUGAAAUCAUAGAAAGUGAAGAACUCGAAGAUUCCGCUGUCGAAAUUGUUGAAGUGCAAGAACCCAAAAGAAACAACUACAUAGGUGUUGCCAUGGCCACUGUUGUCGCCCUACUCGCCACUGCUGCUUCAAUGCUCUACCUCAAUGACAUUUGACAUGCAUACCAAAAAUAAAAUAUUGUCAAAUCCAGAUUAAAUCAUUUCUGUAUCAGACUUUUGUAAUAUGUUUUUAGACACACAUAAAGACUAAUUGCCAAAA